CUGGUGUUGCUGACGACUAGACUGAAUUUAAAGUGCAAUUGAACCUUUUUGUUCCAAACUUGCCUCCGUAGCACGAACACCAUAGCAUGAAUCGCGUGAUAACAGCGCGACUGUGCUGGCCACGUAAGUCACAUUUUAUUACCAACUACCUUUGGCAAACCGAGUUUGUGGUGCACCCACGGAGAAACAUGUCGACUGCACGGCCGCUUACUUUACUGGGAACCAUGGGGUUCGGAGGCCGAGUGGACGAAGAGCAGAGUGUGCAGAUAGUGAAGACCUUCCUGGACCGGGGACACAAGCUGGUGGACACGGCCUUCAUGUAUACGGAUGGGAAGUCGGAGACCAUCGUAGGGAACAUGAAGCUUCCUAAAACAGUCAGCAUCGCCACUAAGGCAAACCCUUGGGAGGGUAAGACAUUAAAACCAGAGAGUGUGCGUUCUCAGCUGGAGACGUCCCUUCAGAGGCUGCAGACCAAGAGUGUGGACCUCUUCUACCUGCACGCCCCAGAUCACCAGAAUCCAAUUGCGGAUACUUUGCGAGCUUGCAAUGACCUUCACAAAGAGGGUAAAUUUAAGGAGUUUGGUCUGUCCAACUAUACUUCAUGGGAGGUAGCUGAAAUAGUGAGCCUGUGCAGACAGCAUGACUGGAUUGUGCCAAGCGUCUAUCAGGGAAUGUACAAUGCUACCACCAGACAAGUUGAGACCGAGUUGCUGCCCUGUCUGAGAUACUUUGGGAUGAGGUUUUACGCAUACAAUCCUCUGGCAGGUGGCCUUCUGACUGGGAAGUAUUGCUACGCUGAUAAAGACACGUCCCAGCCUGCAGGGCGCUUCUUUGGCCACAACUGGGCUGCAGCAUACAGGGACAGAUACUGGAAGCAGAGUCACUUCCAAGCGAUAGAAGUGGUCCUAAAUGCCUUGGUGACAGCAUAUGGAUCCAACCCCCCCACCCUGUUGUCUGCCGCCAUACGCUGGAUGUACCACCACUCCCACCUCAAGGGUGAGCUUGGUGAUGGCGUCAUCAUCGGCAUGUCCAGUGUGGAACAACUGAAACAGAAUCUGGCCGCCUCUGAGGAAGGUCCUCUGGAUGAGAGGGUGGUGGAGGCCUUCCACGAAGCCUGGAACCUGGUCGCUCACGAUUGUCCAAAUUACUUCCGAUAAAGUACUUCACAGAUUAGUAGUUUUUUUUCCAAUGUUUACCCUGCAUUAUAAUUCGCUUUACAGAGAUUAGUUUUCCAAAAUGUACCAAGAAGAUUGAAGCACUUAAAUUUUUAUGUGAAAUAAGAAUUAUAUUGUUUUUGUUUCUGGACAUUAAAACAAUUUUUGACAGCAACAA